AUGUCUCUAACGUUGGAAAACGAAGCAAAUAGUUCAGAUGACAUACACCUUCCACCUGAAGUAUGGUAUCGCAUCUGCUCAUUUCUCCCCAAAUCAGACCUCGUCAACUUGAGACUUGUUUGCUCCGAUCUUGGCAUCAUUGCGCUACAUGAAUGCUACAAGACCAUAUACAUCGAGGUACAUCGAGAAUCCUCGCCUAGAAGACUUUGCGAAAUCGUCAAAUCAUGCAAACUUCGUCACCAAGUUCGGGAAUUGGUACUAUAUGACAACGCAGAUUACCUUGGGGGGUUCAAGAAUGAUCGCAGCCGUCAAAGCUUUCUCAACACACUCCCACUUCUUCGUUUCUUCAGCAGGUUAAUCUCUCUUCGUGUCCGGUUCCGUGCAUACUCCCAGUUGUGCAGACGCAAUCAAGAUAGCUAUCUCGCGAUGCAGCAUCGGCAAGAUAUGCUGGAUACUAUAUUUUAUUGGAUCGCGGGGAUGGGAAAUACAGAUCCUCGACAUAUGAUCGACCCAGAUGCUGUGUUUCACGACGACAAGAUCCAGGAUCAUUCGGAAGGCAAAUCCUAUCUUAUUGAUCUCGCGGAUUUUUCCCAGCCAGCUAUACCUCUCCAACAACUCAUCGUCACCAAUUUACCAGAUCAGCAUGAUGACCGACUUAACACUUCAGAAGCUUUCUUGAAGAUUAUGUCAAUGCCUAGUCUUAGGGAUAUCAGACUCCAUGUUGAGCCACGAAUAAAUAUCCUUCACCCCGUUGCUUCUUCGCCAUUCAGCCCAGGGAAGUACAAGUUUUUCAACAACUUGCAUGUCUCAUGGCUCGCUCCAGAUAUCGCCGGGAAUCUGCAGAUUCUAACUCUGAAUUAUAAAGAAUUCUGGGGAUGGUGUCCCAAGAUGGACUUUCGUCGCUUUGAAUUGCCUCAGUUGAAGGCUCUUUCUCUUGGACGAUAUGUCUUUAGCCAUCAGUGGCAGAUUGACUGGUUCGCAUCUAUUGGAAAUGGAAAUGGUAGUGGAGGAUUAGAGGAGCUUUAUCUUCAUGAUUGUCCUAUCCUUUACGAAGCUACCCAUAUCGGUCCUUUCGACACAUCUGAUCCUGGCUAUCCUCUUCAGGAGUCAGUGCUGGGCAUGACCGGAGACUGCGAAACUCACAACUAUCCAAUUCGAUGGCAUGAUGUCUUCUCGCAGUGGGCGGGGUCAUUGAAUAACCUCAAGGUCUUUCAUAUGGGAAAAAGUACAUACCAGAACAGUCGAAACAAAACCUUCAGGAGGAAGCUCAAUGUUCAAAAUGAAUCACAGCGUCAUCAGAUCUGGUAUGAUCUUCAAGAAGAGCUGGCAAGCCCAUGUCCUUCAGGGCCUCCGACUUACUCGCGUCUGAAACAAGCAUCGAGUUUAAAAGGACAACUGACCAGUAUCGAGUUUAAUCAAAAUCGACGUUUUCAGAUGAAGUAUAUCGAAUUUGACAUUGGGAGAAUGUGUCAUAAUCCACAUUGGCCAUGGGUUCGUCGAGGGAAUUCCAACGAGUGUUGGGCACCUGAAGAAGGUACUGUUGUGAGAGACGCUGCCGCUUAUGAAGUAUUUAUGGAUGCGGUUCAUUCAAGGGUUGUUGUGUAA